AGGCCGGCAACAAUCCUUUUGGGCCAUUUCUGCCAGGUGCAUGGAGCAUUAGUCUGCCCCAUUCCUGCUGGCAUGCAGUUCCCUGCACAGUGACAUCUCACCUUACAUCAGGCACCUCACUGAUGAUGCUCAAUGACCUCACAAUCCAGACACCUGGUUUAAAGCCAUCUCCUCGCUCACAGCAGAAACAGGCAGGGCAAGGAAAGCCCUGGGUUGGCUUGUUCCUGGGUUGAGACGCCAGGAGUUUUGGAAGGGUGACCAGCGCUGGAGUCUUUCUGUGCUGACUGAUGUGACCACCAGCCCUUUGAUGGUUUGCAGGCAGCACCCCCAGCGAUUGUCCGGACCCUGCUGCUAAAGCCGUGUGUGACACUCCCUCACCCCGCACUGGCUCUGGGCCUGGGCCUGCAACAAGGAAUCUCUGGGCCUAGCUAUGCAGUCGAGGGCUGAAUUGAAGGACCUGCUCUCUCCCUGGCUCCUUCCUUGCAGAAUAUAACAUUGUGCAGGGGCUGCAGCCACAACAGGUUCCUUUGGGAAAGGUGCCUUUGGGUUUACCAUGGCGCUCCACAGACCAGCAGCCCUGCCAGCAGCAGAGCACAGAGGCAGCACGAUGGAAAAGAGCCACUGAAGCAUUGGAACUGGAGCACCGUUACUACUGGAGACAGGGUCCGGGAGCUAUUGGCAGUGGGAGCUGGACGGGGUUCUGAGCAAUGGACGACUCACCAGAGUCAUCAGCAGAGGAGCCUAUGGAAGAGACAGCAGGGGAGCCAAUCGCAGGGCCCGUGGAGGAGGCGCUCCCUUGCCUGACUCACGUCUACACACUGUAUAUUGGAAACCUGAACCCCAAGUAUGCGGAGGUUCUCUGCAGCAUGCUGAAGGACAUUCUGGGCACCGCCAGCCUCCCCCUGCAGCGGCACGACAUAGAAGUGGUGAAGAAACCGAGACGGGCCUACGCCUUGGUGCAGGUGGCCACUGAGCUGAGCCUGGAGAGCGUCCUGAAGCAGCUCCAGGUUGCCUCAGACAUGGAGCAACAUCUCCUCAGGGAGCUAGUGAUGAAAGGGAAAACCCUGGUGGUGGGGGAAGGCAGGAGAGCCUCGCCCAGUGCUAAGGAGUGCCAAGAGAGUGACACACAGAUGAAUGGUGCCAGCGCCCCAGACUCUCCCGUGCUGGAGCAUUUGCAGUCUGGCAAGAGCAGGCUGUGGGGGUCCGAGGAAGCCCAGCCCAGCCCUUGUUGGAAGGGCCCCCCUCGAGCCCGGAAGCUGGUGGAGUGGCCGGCAGUGUUUCUUAGCGGCACCAGGUCAGACAGCGCCAUCGUUCGGAGGGAGAUCGUGGGCCAGGAGCGCUUGUUCUAUGGCGCUUUCAUGGGGAGCGAGACCAGGAACGUGGAGUUCAAGCGGGGUGGAGGGGAAUAUCUGAGUGGGACCCUCAAACACCACGUCCGGAAGUAUGUGUGCGCCUUCCUCAACAGCGAAGGGGGCAGCCUCUUCGUGGGGGUGGAGGACAGCGGCUUCGUGCAUGGGGUCAGGUGUGGGCACAAAGAGGAGGACCGCAUCCGCCUGCUCAUCGACUCCAUUCUGAAAGGGUUCAAGCCGCAGGUGUUCCCCGAUGCCUACACCCUGACCUUCAUCCCUGUGGUCAAAGCAGAAGACACUGGCAUCUUCCUGAAGGUGAUCCGGCUAAGCGUUCAUCUGCCCAGGCAGCAGGGGGAGCUGCUGCUUUAUGAAACGGACCAGGGGGAAGUGUACCUGCGCCGGGACGGCAGCAUCCAGGGACCACUCUCUGGGAGCGCCAUCCAGGAGUGGUGCAGGCAGAAAUGGACAGGAGAAGUGAGGAAGCUGGAAGAGCGGAUAGAGAGUUUGAUGAAGGAGAAGGAGAGCCUGCAGCAACAAAUCAACCAGCAGCGGAGCCAGAAUCCCAACUCUAGAUUCUGCACCAUCCUGUGAGUCACAACAGAGCAGGAGCAGCGCUACCGGAGCCAGGGGGAAAAGUAGAAAUAGCUUGAAUUUUCCCUUCUGUUCCUCGAACGCCAAACCCACCUGGAACCAGGACUCCACUGUACAAGGGAAGGGGAAAAAAAAAAAUCCAGCUAUACGAGACUUGCAGUUUUCUAUACCCUCCAAACAAGUAUUGCAGCUCUUCUGCUUUAAGACUUUGGAGUUACAAGACCUGACCAAUUCAUUUUACUACCAAGAUUUCUUUGAAUAUAACUGCAUGCACAGUAGUGAAAAGCCUUAAGGUGCUUAUAAAUGACAAGGAAUAUCUGUACUAAAAUAAUCUGAUGAAUGGGAUUAAAUGACAAGAUUACCUAGGAUAGCAGGGGACUGGACUUGUUGACCCAAGAGGUCCCUUCCAGUCCUGUCUCCCAAUUUUAAGAUGUCUCU